UGAAGAGAUUCAUAAAGCUUUUUAUACUGAUGAAUGUGUAUUAGAAGAAGAUGAGCUAUAUUAUAAUCUGUGGAUAGAUCAAAAUCUAGCAGCAUAUUUAAUCGAAUCAUUAGAAAGUCAUCAAGAACCGAAAAUUCUAUUUGCUAUAUAUAAUGAAUUUUCAUCAAAUCGGCAGCAACAGGCACAGGAUCUACUGCAAAAGAAUAUCAAGGUUUUUGCAGAAAAAAUUAGUAAAAUGGAACAAAUGGUCAGACUUGGAUAUACUAGCCUAAUACAGCAUGAAAUCAAUACAGAGGAGAUAUCAGCAAUAGAAAAACAAGAGAUUAUUAAACCAAUUAAGAGUCGCUGGACAUCACCCGUAGUUCUUGUCCCAAAAAAAAAAGAAUUUGUAUUGAUUAUC